CUUCUAAACCCCAAACAGGCCGAACUGCUGUGCAUUUUGUUUUUGUGUGGCAUUUUUUUUUACUGUUUUUAUAAUCUCGAUGGACUGUUGACUGUUUGGAUAAAUGUUCAUAUGCGGACCCGACCGCCUUUGCUUCCUGUAUUUGAAUUAUCUUAUUGAAUAAUUCAGCCGAGAAAGGAAUCUGAAAUGAAAGGCUCCAUACCUUGAAAUUGCUUCGGAAGGCUCUCUACUUAAGUAUUGCAUAAUCAAGAUGGGUUUUUUUUUAAAAAAAGGUCAAUAUUACUUUGCUCUUUGGGAGGGUGAAGUUGGGAGAUAAGUCAGUGAUUCACCAACCAAUCCUAGACAUAUUGUUUGAAAACCAGCUUUAUGAAGUGGAAACCUGACUAUGACAGUGCAGCGUCUGAGUAUGCCAAAGCAGCCGUCGCCUUCAAAAAUGCAAAGCAGUACGACCAAGCGAAGGAUGCAUACCUGCGAGAAGCUGAGUCACAUCAGAACAAUCGAGCCUUUUUCCAUGCUGCUAAAGCAUAUGAACAGGCUGGAAUGAUGUUGAAGAGCAAGGUCUUCUCCAAGCGUGGGGCAUCCAAGCAGGAGAUGCAGCAGUUGGGAGAGGCAGUUCUUCUUAUUGAGAAAGCCAGUAUGAUGUUCAUAGAGAACGGAACCCCAGACACAGCUGCCAUGGCACUGGACCGCGCUGGAAAACUGAUAGAGAAUGUAAACUUGAACAAAGCUGUGGAGCUUUACCAACAGGCUGCUUCAGUGUUUGAAAAUGAAGAGCGCUUGCGUCAGUCUGUUGAAUUGCUGGGAAAAGUCUCACGUCUGCUGGUCAGGUCUCGCAGACUUGAUGAGGCUGCAGUAUCACUUCUGAAGGAAAAGAACAUGUAUAAGGAGAUCGAGAACUACCCAACUUGUUUUAAGAAAACAAUUGCACAAGUCCUGGUUCAACUGCACAGGAAUGACUAUGUAGCUGCAGACAAAUGUGUUCGAGAAAGUUAUAGUAUACCUGGGUUUAAUGGAAGCGAAGACGCCAUUGCACUGGAACAGUUACUGGAAGGAUUUGAUGAACAAGACCAGGACCAGGUCUCUGCAAUCUGUAACUCGCCUCUCUUCAAAUACAUGGAUAAUGAUUAUGCUAAGCUGGCCCUGAGUUUGAGAGUCCCAGGAGGGGGAGUGAAGAAGUCUCCUGCAUCACCUCAAGAAGCUGCUGGAACAACGGGAAAGGCUGCAAGUCACGCUGCGGAAGAUGACGACGAGUAUUCCUCUGGAUUGUGUUAGUCGUGGACAUCCCAGUUCGACAUAACGGGUUGCAUCGAGUUGUUUUUAAGGAAGGCCAAAGCUGUUGUGUAUUUUUGUCCCUUCAGGCAACCUGCUGCCUGUGAUAUUCUGAUUUGAGUAAUAAUGAUAUAAGAGAGGCAUCUUUAACCUUGUGAAGGAUCCAUACUUUUUUGCCACCAUUUCCAUUUGCUCAAUUGUGGAUUUAUGUAUAAUUUCACAGAUAAUAGUAUUCAGAAUUAUAUCUCAACUAUAACCUUAAAGGUGUGGUUUCCUUUGGUUCCAAAUAAGGGUAUUUCAAAUCAGUGAAAAGAAAAUCUGGGUUUAAAAGUGGCUCCUCACAAAUGUCAAUCUACACUGAAAUCAAAAUAAUUUAUUAUGUAUUGUACCAUUCCAAGAAAGAUGCUACAUCUGAUUUUCAGGUUAUUGAGUUAUUUAAUGAUGGCAGCCAACAUUUAAGGAAUGCUAAGGAAACAUUUAAAAAUGUGCUUCAUCAUUUUUUUUCCAGUUCUAUUGAAAUUUGACAUACAGUUGUAGACUUCAUACAGAGUUACUACAUAUUUAAGUUUGUACAGAGCUAGUUGUAAAGUGUUCUGUGUACUUGUGGCCCUGAAUAUAAAUACACAUGAUGUUUGCACAUGCUCAUGAAUUGACUGUUGAAUGAGUGUCAAUAUUUCUCUGAAGUCUUGCCUAAUUCAAUUGACAAACAAUAGUGUCUGCAUGUUUCUGCAAUUAUCAUUUUAAUGUAUUCUGAUUUAAAAAUUCCAUAAGACUAUUUUCCAAAUAUGAAUUUAUAGUUAUAAUAAUUUUAAAUGAAACCAUCAUUAAAAGUCACUGGAACUUUUGAAGGCAGAAUCUCCUAAGGAUUGAGAUGGUCAUUUUUUCAGCUCAUUGUUGCAGUGAGAGGACACCAUGCAGACCAGGAACUGCAUGCUAUUGAUUAUUUAUCUUUGUAUCUAGAGAUGAAGCAGUGUAAAUGUAUAAGAAAAACUGCUUUGUUCUAUGUGCAACAUUUGAAAUCUUGUGCAAUGUAAAGUAUUGUAAUUACCUGGAA